AUGGAGCCUUGUGGUUAUUUAACUGUUUCCAUUGAUCCUCUUCCUCAUGUUGUCAUCGGAGACACAGUUACACUAAAAUGCAACUUCCAAACAGACGGCAACCUCCGAGAGAUUGUGUGGUUUCGGGUGACUGAAGGAGGCAGUGCCAAACAAAAGAUCUUCACCUAUGAUGCCAUGUACAACACCAGCUAUUCCCACAUGGAGGACAACCGCAGACGAGAGGACCUGGUCUACCAAUCAACUGUGCGGCUUCCUGAGGUCCAGAUGGAGGAUGACGGCCUGUAUGAGUGUCAUGUGGGGAUCUAUGACAGGAGCUCCAGAGACAAGGUGAUUCUAGCCUCCGGCAGCAUCACCCUCACUGUUAUAGUACCUCCCAGGUCUAUCUCUGUGGUGGCCGCCAACAGCCCGGCUCCUUUCAGCCGCUACGAGGCUCAGAACUUCACUCUGGUUUGCAUUGUUGCAGGAGCAAAGCCGGCUCCCAUGGUGUACUUCAAGCGGGACGGGGAGCUUAUUGAUGUGGUGCCAACCACCCAGUUUUCCUCCUCAGUGGGAGACCAAAACAACGGCCCUGGACGAGAAAAGAGCCGAGGCAGGAGCCAGGCCGGGCUCUGGAGCUCCCAGGUUUUCACCAGUCGAGACCUCGAUGACACCAAGCUUCAGAAGUCCCUGUCCUUGCUGGAGCAGGAGGGAAAACCGGCUCGGCUGGGCCAAGACAGCCCUGAUGGCUCUGAAGAGGGCCAAGAGCAAGACUCCGAGUCAGACCCUGAGCCAACCACCGAGGUGAUCCCUGAGACGGUGGUAAGCCGGGAGUUUCCACGCUGGGUCCAGACCAGCGACCCGCUCUACUACUUCCAGCACCGACAGACGGCGGCAGGUGACGGCACCAUGGAGGUGAGAGCCAUGCUGACCUGGAGCCUCAACCCCCAGCUGGACAACGAGGCUCUGUUCAGCUGUGAGGUGAACCACCCGGCCCUGUCUAUGCCCAUGCAGGCCGAGGUCACACUGGCUGCUCCCAGAGGACCGAAGCUGUCCAUGAGCCCCAGUAAGGCCAGAGUGGGAGACACAGUGCGGAUCACUGUCCAGGGCUUCCAGCUGGGACCUUCUGCAAGCGAGGUCUUCCCGGAGCCCAUGUUCACCUGGACUAAGGUCGGGGGGCCUCUGCUGGAUGGCAGAGAGGAGCAUGAUGGGAGGGAACUUGUUUUGGAGAGAGUUCCUGCUGAGCUCAAUGGCUCCAUGUUCCGCUGCACGGCCCAGAAUCCUCUGGGCUCCACCGACACGCACACCCGCCUCAUCGUGUUUGACAACCCAAGAAUGAAGAAAGGAACAGAACGUUUUACUGCCAUCGAUGCAGCGGUCAGUCAGCGCUCCCUCACCUUAACCUCUAUGUUGCUGCUGCUGAGCUUCACCUGUGAGCUGACGUGACCCGAGGCUGUGCUGCUCCACCACACACCACCACCCACACCUACCUGAGGAACCUGCUCCUUAACGACCCCUGGCAGUAGCUAAACAUCCACCCAGCUGUUAGCAGCAGCACUCAGCCGCUGGAACACAAACGUUGCAGCGGGAUUUCAACCCUGGGAGAGAGAACUACUGAAUAAAGAUAAUAAAGAAACUGAACAAAGGGCCAGAUGCUGUACAGCACCGUCACACUGUGAGCAACUUUGCUGAUGGGUCACUCUACUCUGACUGAUUAUGAGUAUUGACUGCAUCAUACGGAGGGAAAUCUUGUCUUGUAGUGUCUGUGAUGUCACUCAGGGUCCACACUAGAUUCAGGGGGAUAUUGGAGAAUGAUAAUCCUGAUUGGCUGUAGGGUGGCCAAUUAGCAUAGCCAGCGCUCAUGCUUAGAUUUGAUCAGGUGACAGACAUGGGGCACUGCAAGAUUCAAUGUUAUGUUAUGGGCUGCUCAGAAUAAA